CCAACUCACCACCACGAGAGAUCGCAGCUUCCGUUGGCGUUUGAUCCGCAGAUCGAGAUCCCGAGCUCCAUCGACUUCCGUUCGAUUCCGGUCUUGUAUGAAGGGUCUCAUCUUCCCCAAAUCGUCUGAAACUCUACCCGAGCUCAAUCCUUAGCCGUUACCGAGGUUAAGUAUCUGAAAAUGGGACGUUACAGCUACUCGCAGCCAUCAGAAGACGAGCCAUUAUUUGGAAACAAUGAUGACAGUGGCUACAGCGAGACAGAGGAUCUCAUACGACGCGACCAAGCUGAGUUAAGCUUGGAACGUAGUUCACAAGUUCACUACCCUCCGCAACCGGAGGUAGAGUUUGGUUUCCCGCAGGUCUGCUAUUGUGGUGCUCACCCAGUGCUUGCAACAUCUAACUCCAGGAAUGAUCAAGGGAGAAGAUUUUACACUUGCGCAAAUAAGGACGAUGGCGAUUGCCAUAUUUUCAAAUGGUGGGAUGAGGCGGUGAUGGAUGAGAUGAGAGCCAGAGAUAUACACGUGUUUCAGCUAUCUGAAAAGGUAGAUAGCCUAACCCUUUUACCUGACUAUGACACUGAGGAGAAGCUACGAAAGCUAGAGAAGAUGGUGGGUGAUUUGGCCAAGGAGAAAUCAUGUAUGAUAAAGGGGUUUGAGUGCUUUGUAAUAGUCAUAGUUGUUCUUGUUGUGGUAAUAGGCUUGUCCAUCAACAUUUAA